GAGCACUCUGGGAACUGCACUUAAUAUUUAUAUAUAGAUGUUGUAGUAGGGUAUCUGCCCCUCAUCGUCAUGGUGGUUUUAAUCUCACUCCACUUCUACUGCGGGGUUCGAUUUCACCAGUUAAAAGCCACGCUCUCUUAGGUAAAAAUGUCUCAUCAGAACGAACUUUUCCCGGGUUUUCAAUAAUCCAUCUUUAUAAAAAGACCUCUACCUUAAUAGCUCUGAUCUUGUUCGUCAGUAGCAUUUCAUCAUGUCCGGGUUUCCCUCUCUUAAGCCUGCCUUCACCAUUCGGGUGAACAUAGAUGCACCUCUAGUAGUUGGAAGCGCCUCUCGAUCCCAGCCUUUGCAGGUUGUGGGUAUGCUCGGGGGUACCGUCAAGGGCGACUCCGGAUUCACUCCCGCUCUCGAUGCCGAGUUCGUUGGAAGAGGCAAUGACUACAUCCACGCGGACGCGGACGGCAAGCACCUGCGUUUGGACGCUCACGGUGUUCUCAAGACUAAGGAUGAUGCUCUUCUCUACUUGCACUACACCGGUGUCCUCACCCUCACACCCGCUGAGCAGGCGGUCUUCGGCGGCACUGCCCCAGAGGGCUCAACGCCUUUCGGCAACCUCUUCACCCAUUUCACUUUCGAGACCGGUGACGAGCGCUACAAGGAACUCGAGAACCGCGUUUUCGUCGGCCAGGGACGCUUCAACAUUGAAAACGGCAAGCCAAUCGUCGAGUACAGGGUCAGCCAAGUCCUCCAUGGCUAAAUCAGAUGGAAUCAAGGUUCAGGUUCAUUCAUGUCAUGAUAUU